AACAAUUAAGUAAUAUGUUCAUUUCCAUUAUAAGCAUUAUUUACGCCUUUUCACCUGUUAGGGUAUUUGUGUUAAACGUACUUGUUAGGGUAUUUGUGUUAAACGUACAUGUUAGGGUAUUUGUGUUAAACGUACCUGUUAGGGUAUUUGUGCUAAAUGUACAUGUUAGGGUAUUUGUGUUAAACGUACCUGUUAGGGUAUUUGUGUUUAAACGUACCUGUUAGGGUAUUUGUGUUAAACGUACCUGUUAGGGUAUUUGUGUUAAAUGUAUUAGACCUAUGUAAGGCAACUUUAAACAGACGCACUCCUGAAGGACAUAACAUUAGUAUCACACAUAAUUGCUGAUCAUAUUACAAGACCGGAGUUGUUUUAAAUCAUGUAUAGCCUUUGACCAUAAUAGUGCAAUGUAAAUUUUCAUAUAAACUUGCGGCAGUGUAGACUUUCAUUAACUAGUUUGCACCCAUUUCAACGGUAGAUAACAGCUGCGUAUAGAAACCAGUGUGAAAUGUAUAUGGAGUAGAACAUAAAGGGUUACGAAAAUCGUUGCUCCUUAAAGAUGGCUGAAGGUGGUGCAAGAUUUGAUGAACCAGAAUGGUUCCCUAAACAAGGCAGUGUGUCCAGCCAUCAAACCCUGAUUCAGUGGGAAAAUGCCUCGAUAGAGACAUCCUCUGUGAUGAACUGGCUUGGAUAUGGGCCAGAAAUAAGACAGGCACGUAUAAACGCCUACAGGGAGAGAGGAAGGCUGUUGACUGCACAGUGCAGAGGAGAUGCAACAUUUAUUUUUUACAGGUAGCAAGGCUGAGGGGCUGAGCCGCUUAUAUGAAAGUGAUACAGAUAACAUGAUUGUAUUCGAUAAAGUGAUAUGUUUAGAAGAUGGUGUUAAUGCUAAUAACUUUUCUAGUGAGAUAACCGUGCUGAGAUCAUAUAGCCUUAUGAGUUACGCCGGACACUGUAGGCUGCUACUAGAGAGAUGCGGUACAAUGGUUCCCCCGUACCUAGACGGUGCGUUGUGUGAUGAUGGAUAUGGUCGCGAACUCUUGAGCAGUGACAUGUUUGUUAAUAACUUUUCAAAAUCUACAUAUCGGGCAUACGUGGUGCGGCAUGACCGAGCCGGACCGUCAAUACCCACUACAUGGGGAGGAGUUUACCACAAUGACAAGGUAUAUGCAUUACGUUACUACUGUCCCAACAUUCUGUCAAAAUGGGCCGCAAGACCUCGCCACUGGCCGCCAGCGGAAGUCGUUCAGCACGUCGUAUCCCUUGGAGCAUUUCUUACGCCUGUUGGAUUUAAAGGCAGUGAAUAUCAACAUGUUGAAUGGAGAGUUUGUUUUAACGCCGGGGAGAUCGAAAUAGUAAACAAUCUUAAUCAAACUCAAAUAAAUAUGUAUGUUUUAUUGAAAAUGGUUAAGAAUGAUGUAUUAAAUCCACGUAAGAAAGAAGUUUCAUCGUACACAUUGAAAAACAUUGUAUUAUGGAUAGCGGAAAAUAAUCCUCAGUCCUUGUUUCGUGAAAGAAGUCUGUUAUACUGGUUUCUUGAAGGAUUGAAUGCACUUAGAGUCGCGUUGGUAACCCGAGAGCUGCCAUACUACAUGAUUCCAGAUAGAAAUCUGAUGGCAGCUAGUGGACUUGAGGAGGAACUGCAGCGUACAUGGAUAUCAACGAUUACAGAAAUGAUUAAUGAAGGUCCUAGGGUGAUACUAAGACUUCCGAAGAUACGACAAGCCACCGUAGCUCACCCUGAGCCAUUCCGAUGGUACAACGGGAGGAGAAUAGAGCUUGAAAUGCUGAACCUCGUGGCAGAUAUCAGAAGAACAAAUCUCUGCGAAGAUGAGAACUGGGAGAUUGACGAGUCAGAUUUUACUCUGCUGGCAAUAACAAGACGCAACGACGUGAUUGUGACGGAGGUUGGCCUGGUGAUGAUUUUGGAAGGGAGUCGAGUUAUCAAUAAAGAGGAUGUUUAUGAUAGAAUGUUGAUGUAAAACGAUUACAUUCAUCAAUUGACUAGUUACUAUGCGCGGACAAUCCUUAUUUAUAAAGUGUUUGUCAAAGAGCAUAGUUGAGCAGCUUAUGAUACUUGAUUGACUUCAUGAAAUUAUCAUGUGCUCAGUCAUUGAUUUUGAACUUGUAGACGUGCAUUGCAAAUGGUAGAAAACUGUCUAGUUGAUAGACGGCUAUAACAAGUACCAGGUCAAUAAUAUUUGAUAAAUUUUUUUUUCAAAAAUUUCAAUCUUCUAUUAAACUCUGUUUUCAAAUAAAGUUAUAUUACUCCUAUAUUGUUUACGAUCCAAGUAAUCGAAUACAUGUGUCGCUGUGUGAAAUAAGCGGUAUCAUUUCACGUUUUGCUUCCUUUUAUAAUUGACAGCAAUUACCAGCGUUUUUUCUAGAAAGGUAGUAAGCCGACGUUUGUGUAUUUGUGAUAGCAUGUUUUGAGAUAAAUUGUAUCCUGGUAAAUUACAUUUUCAUAAAUAAGGACUACGUGCUAUGAUAUUUGUUAUGCUGGUGCAGCUAGAACUUCGCUUUGGUUAAACUUGCUAUUGUUUAUGGAUAGGGUAUUAAUUGCUGAUAUCAUACAUGUAUAAGAUAUAAUAAUAAUAGAAUCGCAUCACAUUUAUCGAUAGCAUUCGUGUUGAUCUGGCUGAAAAAAAAACCUGUUAUAGUGAUACGCAACAUUAUCAAACACGUAUUUAACACAUUUAUGUUGCACUAAUCGAUACAAAUAGCGUUUGUAUAUGUAGCAUGCUGCUUUUAACUUUUCUUUAAUACCGUAAUUGUUGCAUCCAUAGCAUACAUAGUUGAGUUUUUUUAUUAAAGAAUGAAUUGUGCUACUUUACAGGUGAAUACAUUUUUACUGUAACACGUUGAACAAACCUUUAAAAUACGUAUGUGUAUCUUAAAUUUAGAUUGGCGGGUAUAUAUAAUGUAAUUGUUGAUAUGGUGUGGAAUUAUUUUAAGACAUGAUAACAGUAAUAGUUUUGUUUGCAGUACAUUUAUUUAUACUGUUGUUUGGGUGUUCAUCGUAUGCAUGCGUGUGUACUGUUUCGUUUCCGUUGUUUAUCUUUUAGUAUCGUAUUACUAAAACGUGGCUAAUUAAUUGGUGUAUUUCGGUUAUGUACUCCUUUAUUCUGUUGGCGCCGUAUUACAGUUAUAUAAAAUGGAACAUGUAUUAAAAGCGUUUUCGCUUCUGUCGCCUUUAUGUUGAACUAAAUAUUCGAAAAACGUAUAGAUAAAAACACGUUUAGUUAAGUCGCUUUCAUAUAACUGAUGAACAUUAUUCAAAUUCAACUUUAUUUCCACCAUAAAUCUGUGCAGGUAUUUGUAGUAUUCCUAAUUACUCGCUGCGAAUGUAUUGAUCCAAGACACUGCUGGUUUAAUGAUACACAUAGUGUUUGCUUUAAGGUCUUUAGUCGUUUAAGAUUCGUUUAUUCAGAAAAUAUUUAUUUUUGAAUGACUAUUUAAAGCGAUAUGUUUGUAAUUGUUGUCGUUGGUGUAUCUAUUAAGAACUGUGUAUUUAUUGAAUUGGUGACAUUGUGGUAACGUAAAAGGUCAUAUUUGCUUUCUCUGUGAAUAUAGUUGUCCCGUUGAUUACCGUAUUACUACCGUCGCUGUUGCUGUAAUUGUGGUUAAGUUACCGUUACGGAAGAAUAUAUUGUCUGUAUGUAAACCUAUUGAUAAAGUAAGCGUUAUUGUCGCUAUACAUUAAUUGAUUUAUUCACAUUAUGGAUGCAUCGUUCAACGUAUUUAUUCAGUGAGUGAUACUUUCGCUUUGAAUUUACUGAUGUGAUUAUUGUCGCUAUUACUUAAUAAUUUGUAUUUAUCAUUUCAGUUAUUGUCGAUGUUUAUUUCAUUAUACUGUUAUAUGUGAUAUUUCAUGAACUGUAAAAGGACAUCAGUGAAUGACUUAUGUCGCCCUGAUUUUAUUUUGAACUACGCCGCCCUGAUUUUAUUUUGAACUAUGCCGCCCUGAUUUUAUUUUUAUAAGACUAUUAAUUAAUCCAUAGAUGAUAUUUGUUCAUGUCAGUGUAAUAUCGUUUGUAAUUUCACGGGUGAUCAUAGAUGUGUGAAAUAACAAACUAUCUUACACGGGCAUGAACAAAUUUUCUGUUCUUUUAUGCCCCGUGUUCAAGAAAAUGAUAAAUAGCUGUUUUUCUUUCGCUGAAAAGUUACCCUUUGUCCCGUGGCGUGCCUCAAUACAUUUCUAUACACAAAAUGACUUCAUUAUAUCAGCGAAAUUUUUCGGUGAAACUCUUUUACAAUUUAAAUAAACGGUGAAAAAAGCAUAAAAUAAAAAAUAAAUUUGUUGGAUUCGAUGGAAUAUCAUAAAAAAUAUAAAUCUGGAAGUAAAUCAUAAUUUGAUAAUCUUAAAAUAGAAAAGUAGUUCCGAAAAUUUGUUAGUUUCAUCAAAUAAUCUGUCUGUCUGUUUACAUGAAAUAUUUGCUUGAAAUAAAGUUUAAACUAACAAUGUCUUGAUUAUAUCAUACAUUUUAAACUAUGCCCAAUAUUGUUGAACGGCAUAGACAUAUACUUGACCCUUAAUUGAUAUACACGUCCACAUGUCAUUGAUUCUUAUGUAUCACCCUCUUUAUUUCUCUGUGGAUCAAAUGAAACACUAUGUCGCACUAUGUUUUGAACGAAUGUGGUAAGUGCAUAUUCGCAUAUUCGCGUACAAACGCUUUAUCCAUGCCCUAGGUAUUAAAUAUAUUUUAUAUGGAGAAGGCACACUCUGAACAACAAAACCGAUCCCUCAAUAGCUGAUGCAGUUCAGACAUGUAUUAAAUGAUCCAAUGUGUAUAUGUUUAAUGGAAUUGUCGUUGAUUCAUUGUAGGUAACGAUGGUAAAAGCUGUGUUACUGCGUUGGUUAUGGUAUUAUUAGUAGAUGUAGUGUUGUUUUCGGUGACAAUGGUUGUGCAUGCGGAAGUGUUCAAUAAAAGGGUUGUAGAAUUAUCUCUGUUGGUGAUGUGGAUUA